AUGGACCAAGAACAAGCUGUAGGCAAGUCUCCAGUAAAAAAAAAUCCAUCAGGAAAGAGAGUAGAUUCUGGCAAGAGACAAAUAAUAAUCAAUGCGUACAAGUCAAAAAUGAAUUCCGAUCCAACAAAGUCUUUAAGAAUUAUCCGACAAGAACUUUCUAAAGAAUUGGGCAUUGGAGCAACGACAAUUUCGACCACAAUUACAGAAUACAACAACACUAAAAAAGUAAUAUCUCCUUGCAAAAAACGUGUUAAGACAUCCUUCCUCGAUACAUUUGAGGAGUUUGAGAGAAAUGUGGUUCGUAGGCAUGUACAUAGUUUUUGGUUCAAACGUGAAAUUCCUACGGUCGACAAAAUAUUUCAAGUAGUUUCCGAUGACGACUCUUUACCUAUUAUUUCAAGGACAAAUCUUUUUAGGCUUUUGAAAGAAAUGGAUUUUAAGUACAGCAAACGUAGUCGAAAUAGUGCACUGACUGAAAAAACCGAAAUUGGUCGACAUUUAUAUUAUCUGGACGAGACCUGGGUUAAUGCUGGUGAAUGUACCAGCAAAACAUGGAUCGAUACUACAAUUAAAUCACCCCGAGACGCAUUCCUACAAGGUCUGUCAACUGGUGCCGUAAAUCCUUCAGAAAAAGGUAAACGCCUUAUUGUCCUGAAUAUAGGUUCGGAAGAUGGGUUUGUCCCCGGCGCAUUGUUGUGCUUCGAAUCGAAAAAAAACACUAGAGAUUACCAUAACGAAAUGAAUGGGGAUACAUUUUACGAAUGGAUGGAGGGUGUACUGCCUCGUUUAAAAGAGAACUGUGUUAUCAUCAUGGACAAUGCGUCAUAUCAUUCUGUGAAGCUUGAUAAAGCACCUACGUCGCAAACCAAGAAAGGUGAUAUAAUAAAAUGGCUGGAGGAUAAAGGCGAGGUUAUAGACAGACCUAUGUGUAUACCACAACUUCUUCAAAUUGUGAAAAGGAUCAAGCCACAACACCAGAAAUACGUAAUUGACGAAUUGGCAAAAAAACAUAACCGUAAUAUACUAAGACUACCUCCAUAUCACUGUGAGCUCAAUCCAAUAGAGUUGGCUUAG